CAGCCCGGCCAGCUCGCGAGGACCCCGUACGGCCAAUAUGGCUGCGCCCGUACGGCAGGCGCGCAGCCUGCUCGGGUUGGUGACGACCCUAGGCCCGGGCUCCCGCGGCUACCGAGCGCCUCCGCCCCCGCGCCGCUCAACGGGGCCCUGGUGGCCCGACCCGGAUGACCCACUGACCCCGCCCUGGCAGCUGGGGCCGCGCUACGCAGCUAAGCAGUUCGGGCGGCAUGGCGCCGCCUCCGGGGUGGCCGCCGGUUCUCUGUGGCCUUCGCGGAAACAACUGCAAGAGCUGGAGGCUGAGGAGCGCGAAUGGUACCCGAGCCUGGCGGCCAUGCAGGAGUCGCUGCGGGUGCAGCAGCUGGCCGAGGAGCAGAAGCUACAAGCCAGGGAGCAGCUCAUUGAAGAGCGCAUGGCCAAGAUGCCACAGAUGAUUGAGAACUGGCAGCGGCAGCAGCAGGAGCGCAGGCAGAAGGAGCAAGCAGACAAGGAGCGGCGGGCUCGGCUGCAGGCUGAGGCCCAGGAGCGCCUGGGGUACCACGUGGACCCGAGGAGUGCCCGCUUCCAGGAGCUGCUGCAGGACUUGGAGAAGCAGCAUCGCAAGCGCCUCAAAGAGGAGAAACAAAGAAAGAAGAAGGAGGCACGAGCUGCUGCGAUGGCCGCUGCUGCAGCCCAAGACCCAGCAGACUCUGCAACACCCAGCUCCUGAGUUGUGUUCUUUCCCAAUAAAACCUGCUGCCUGAUAGCCCCA